UGUGGAAUCUGCAGCGAGGAAUCGUGAAGCACCGAGGAGCUGGCUGCUUUGAAGGUCUUCCCGCGGCGCGUGGCGGGCUUUGACCCACUGUUUAAAUACCAACGGUCGACUCGAGGGGUGCGCGGAGGUGCAGGUGUCCGGCUGCAGCGAGUAGCUGCUGGAGGCUGGGCUCCGGUGGCUAUCUCUGGUCGCAUAUGCUACCUCCCUCUCUCCCGGCUGUGAGGGGCCAGAGGCCUUCGGGGCCCUCUUUGCUUGGCGGCUGCUGGGGAAGCUGGCGAGAGUGCGCCCCAGGUUAAGCAGGGGAAGAAGCCUGUCUCUGUAGCCCUUACCGAAACCACGGAAGGGAGCAAAUGACCAGAUCCAACCUGUAUUUGUAUCUUACUCUUCUUCAAAAAUAUUUAUUCUGCUGAUACUGAAGAGGAUGUGUUCCAAGGACAUACUUUGUUGUCAGAAAGUCCAUUAUCAGAGGAGCUUCAUUCCCAGAGGAUUCAUUAUUCAAGGUGAAAUAUUAGAGUAUUUCAAAAGCUGGAGCCGAAUAUAAUGUUAAAUAAUGGCAACAGGUGACUUAAAAAGAAGCUUGCGGAACCUAGAACAAGUUCUUCGUUCACUAAAUUAUCCUCAAGAGGUGGAUUGUGUUGGUUUGGUAAAGGGAGAUACAGCAGCAUCUUUGCCCAUCAUCAGCUAUUCCCUUACCUCAUAUUCACCUUAUGUAGCAGAACUUCUGAUGGAAUCCAAUAUAGAGCUCAUAGCGAAGAAUGACUUGCGCUUUAUAGAUACCGUCUAUAAGCUUCUUCGUGAUCAAUUUAAUUAUAAACCAAUCUUGACAAAAAAGCAGUUUCUCCAGUGUGGAUUUGCAGAAUGGAAAAUUCAGAUUGUUUGUGAUAUUUUGAAUUGCGUGAUGAAAAAGCACAAGGAAUUGAGUAGUCUUGAGAAGAUUCCCUCACAACAGAGAAAGAAAGUCAGUUCUGUUAAGUCAGAACCUUCUUCAAGCACUGAGAAGACAUCUACAGAACCUGUUGGCAUUGACAUCACUGGCAGGUUUAUGACUUCAGGAAAGAAAAAAGCUGUGGUGAUCCGUCACCUGUAUAACGAAGAUGGUGUUAACAUUCCUGAAGAUACGAUAAGUACAGUAACAGAUGUUAGUGAAACAUUUGAUGUGUGUAACUUAAAGACUACUGAAAUAGAGAUUCCUGAAGUAAAGUUCCCUGAAAUCAAGUCUGAACAACAAGAUGUUCAAAUCAAUCCUGAGAUUACUGCGCUACAGACUAUGCUUGUUGAAUGCCAAGAAAAGCUUCAGAAACUGACUUUGGUAGAGAGUAGAUUAGACUCUUUAGAAGAAAAAAUGAAAGGAAAAGUGAUGGUAAAUGAAAAAACGUGGACUAAUCUUCUAAGUCGUAUCACUCUUCUUGAAACAGAAAUGCUUCUGUCUAAAAAGAAUAAUGAAUAUAUAGACUUCAGUGAAAUGAAUGAAGACUACGAAUCUAGUAACGACAUGGAUAUUCUGAGUCCUGAUGGAAAAAGCAAAGAGGAGAGGCAAACAAGUAUUCCUUUAUCCUCUGGCUAUAAUACAGUGUCAUCAGAUUCAACUCCCAGAACCUCAGCUGGUAGUUACUGUGGUUUGAAAGAGAAUUCAGAGGAAACAACAAUCCAGAAAAUGGAAAGGAUGAAAAAAAUGUUUGAAGAAACCGCAGAGUUACUGAAAUGUCCAAAUCACUAAUUAUAGAAUUUUCUGCAUCAACUUCUCUAGGACUUUGGCUACUGUACAUAUUGUAUAUUUUAAGAAUUCUCUAUAAAUUUUAAUAUGCUACAAUGUUUUUAUGAAGAAUUUGAAUUUCAUUUGGUAUAUGAGUUUUUUCAAUAUUGAAUAAAUACUUUUUAUGCUAUGAUUACA